CUAUUUGAAGUAUUUCAAGUCAUUAACAGCUAUGAAGUCGCGAAUAUCGGUGGCAUUUCUAACAUUUUCUUCAAUACUUAGUGUUUUUGGGAAUCCAAGUCCAUCGACUGUCCAGUCAGAGUUUAAAAAGUACAAAGAAGACUACGAGCGAGAAUAUGACAAUAAAUUUGAGGAAUAUAAAGCUAGAAAGAAUUUCGGAACGACCUUAAUAAUGGUCGAAGAACACAAUGCAGCCUUUGAGGAGGGCAAGUCGCCAUUUAAAAUGGAUUUAAAUAGAUUCGCUGACAAAGAUCCACAAAAGCUUCGUCAAAUCACGACAAACACGGCACCGCUGACACCACUGAUGAUGGGUCGUGCAAUCAGUGUCAUAAAUGAGACGAGAUAUCCACCUGGACCACCUUUUGUUGAUUGGCGCACUAGCAACUGCAUCACACCUGUCAAGGAUCAAAGUUACUUUUGUAAUUCUUGUUAUGCAUUCAGUGGAAUUGCAGCACUUGAAGCUCAGUGGUGUCUCAAAACUGGACAAUUGGUGACAAUGUCUGAACAGCAAAUCAUUGACUGCACAUAUAAUUCAUUUUAUGGAAAUUGGGGAUGUGAUGGAGGCUCACAAGCAACGGCUUAUGUCAGAAUUCAACAAAAUGGCGGAAUUGAAAGUGAUGUGACAUAUCCUUAUUUAGAAACGUAUGGACAUACUGAUCGAUUUCCAUGUAAAUUUAAUAAAUCAAGAGCUGUGGCGACAGCAGGUGGAUAUUACCGUAUUAAACCUUAUAAGGAAGCACAACUAGCUAAUAUUAUUGCAAUUGUUGGACCUGUGUCUGCAGCUAUGAAUGGAAGUACGCCAUCAUUUUGGUAUUACUCGAGUGGUGUCUACAGCGAUCCACAAUGUACACAAUCGACAUCACAUAGUGUACUUAUUGUUGGAUAUGGAACAGAUUAUUCAGUCACUCCACCGAUGGAUUAUUGGCUUUGUAAGAAUAGUUGGUCAUCAGAUUGGGGUGACAAUGGCUACUUCAAAAUACAACGUGGAGUCAACAUGUGCGGCAUUUCUGGAUUUUUGAUUUUCCCAGAAAUUCCAUUGGCAAAUAUCACGCGAACUACGACAACAGCAUCGCCGUGGAUUGGAUAACGACAAAAUAUAGAAGACGACAAAUGUUUUAUUAAAAAAAUAAUUAAUUUGAUGUUUUCAAGGGGAAAACAACGUGAUGGAAAAAAAAGAUUUAAAUUGAAAAUUGAAGACAUUUAAGUUUGCAAAAUUGGAGUAGUUUCGAUCCCAAUUCAUUUUCAUCACGAUGUCUUCUCCAUGAAUUAAUAAUUAACUUAGUUGUCCAAUGUGCGGAAGUGUCUGUCGCACGAAUCUGAUUCUAUAUCCUU